AUGGAUUUCGUCGAUAGAACCAUUCGAAAACCAGAAACCGCCUCCUCCGAGUACAAACCUUGGAUGAGAUGUGAUGCAAUGAUAAAGGGUUGGCUUACUGCUGCCAUGGAGAAGAACAUUCGUGACAACGUGAAGUAUGCCAUAACGUCCUCAGAGAUAUGGGCAGAUCUACGAGAAAGGUUUGGGAAGGAGAGUGCUCCAAGGGCCUACGAACUGAAGCAAAAGAUCGCAACGACCCGACAGGAUGGCACUAGCGUUUCCAUGUAUUAUACUCGUCUUAGGGCUCUAUGGGAUGAGUCACAAUCGAUCCAGUCCUUUCCGCGCUGCUCCUGCAACAAAUGCACCUGUGAACUUGAUAAGAAAAUCAUGGAACACCUUGAAAAGGAACGUUUAUACGAAUUUCUUUUGGGUUUAGAUAACGAAUUCAGUGUUAUCAAGACUCAAAUCUUAGCAACAAAACCCAUUCCUACCUUGGGAGUCGCCUAUCAUAUGGUGGCAGAAGACGAAAGACACAGAAUAAUAUCGAAUGAGAACCGGGUCACACCGGAAGCCGCUGCAUUCAAAAUGUUCCAGAAACGUGGAGGCAACCUGGAACAAUCAAAAUAA